UCGUUUGUCAUAUGGAUCAAGGGUUGUAACACUCACCAUGAGUAGCGCGAGCGCAUAUGGGCGUGACGUAUAGAUCUGUGUGUGUGGAUAUAAACAGUUGAGGCUCGAGAUCGCUUCCAGAACUGUGUGCACAACUCAGAACCGCAAACAUGUUUCUCUUAGUUUUCAUUGUGGCUUUACUGAUCGCUUAUUUUAUUAUUCACAGGAUUUUUGUACACAGGAGGACUUUCAAUGGCACAGCUAAACUCUACGGGAAAACAGUCAUCGUUACGGGUGGGAACACUGGCAUUGGAAAGGCGACGGCAGCAGCGAUGGCCAUGAGAGGAGCACGAGUGAUUCUGGCCUGUCGCAGUAAACAGAGAGGAGAAGAAGCUGUACGAGAUCUCAUACAGGAAACUGGGAAUAAGGGCAUCAUCUUCAUGCAACUCGAUCUUGCCAGUCUGAAAUCUGUCCGAGCUUUCGCUGAAAACUUCCUGAAGUCUGAGUCCAGACUAGACCUGCUCAUCAAUAAUGCAGCUUUGGCCUCUCCUGGAUGCACUGAAGACGGUCUGGGGAUGAUCCUCGGUGUUAAUCACAUCGGCCCGUUUCUGUUGACCGAUCUUCUGCUGGAUCGUCUCAAAGAAUGCGCACCCAGCCGAGUGGUGAACGUGGCGUCGUGCGGUCAUGAUCUGGGCACCAUUGACUUCGACUGCCUCACCGCACACAAGAGACUGGCUCUGGGCUCAUCUGAUGCAGAUUUAUUCAAGGCAUAUACCCACAGCAAGCUCUGUAAUGUUCUCUUCACGCACGAACUGGCCAAGAGACUGAAGGGAACCAGCGUGACCUGCUACAGUCUCCAUCCAGGGUCAGUAAAUUCAGAACUGGGUCGUGAUAUCAACGAGUGGUUCACGCGCAUCCUCAAAGCCUUUGUUAGUAAGCUGUGGGCCACAGACACGGUGUCUGGAGCUCAGACGACACUGUACUGCGCUCUGCAGGAGGACAUCGAACAUCUGAGCGGACGAUAUUUCUCCGACUGUCAGCUCGUUCAGGUCAAACCUGAAGCCAGAGACGAUGGUAUCAGCAAAAAACUGUGGGAAAUCAGCGAGAAACUGUCUGGCAUGGCCUGAUCGAACACUCCAGCUAGGAGAAAAAUAUUGUCUUAGCAUUGACCCUUUGUUCUUUGUACUGCAUUUUUUAUAGGUAAAUAAUAAAGUUGUUUGAACAUGUUGAAAUUUCUCAUGCACUCCCUGUUAUUGUGGUGCUUGAAAAGAUAUAAAGGCUUUCUGGAUAGGCAAGUUCUAGAGAACAAGACGAGACGUGUAAGCAUUCUUAUCAUGCUCCGGUCGACAAUCACAGACUAAACUUUACUGCAAAACUUUGUCAUUAUUUAUUCCCCUCAUGUGUAUGUCCAGUAAACUUUGUGCCAACUAAAAUGUUUCAUUAAAAAUGUUUAUUGGUUAAGCUGAA